AUGGAGGCUGCUAGGUACUGGGGUGUUCAUUACAGCGGAGGGAUGGCCGGGCAGCAUUACUGCCUGAGGUGGAACAAUUACCAGUCGAAUAUGACCUCAGUAUUCCACCAGCUUCUGCAAACGGAGGCUUUCGUGGACGUAACACUGGCCUGCAACGAGGCAUCGUUAAAGGCGCACAAGGUCGUACUGUCAGCAUGCAGUUCGUACUUUAAAAAACUGCUCUUGUCGAAUCCUUGCAAGCAUCCUACGAUAAUUAUGCCUCAGGAUGUGUGCUUCAAUGAUUUAAACACAGUGAUAUUGUGUACAAGUAGUUCUUCCUGA